CGGCGAAUUCGUUCACAUCGCAGUAGUAAGCAAGCAAAGCGCGUGUUGAAAAUACUUCUAUCUCGUCCAAAGAUAUACGAAUACGAAUAAACGAAGAACAAAAUAACAUAGAAAUCACGAGUUAUCAUUAAUUAACUGAACGCUAUCGUUGAAAUCUGUUUAUACAGUGAAUAAUGUGUAUUUUGACUUUUUAUCGAAAGAGUGCUUUUGUAGUGCGCGAAACAUAAAAAAUAUUGACACUGUCUCACAGUGUAUCGAUUGAUCCAUAGAUCAAUGCAUCUAUUUUUGAUAAUUUUACCUUUUAAAACAUUCCGGAAUUUUAAUUUUCUGAAAACGUGACGACGUUUUAAGUGCAAUGUUGACAGCGUGUAUUCUUGACAGGAAGUUAGUAGAGAAAAUUCUGUAAGUCAGUAGAUUAUGCCGAAGUGCAAACUUCUGAUGACUAUAUGGGCUGCGUGUGUGAUAACGUAGUGCAGCGAAGAUAAAUGCUUAGUCUCGUAGAGUAAAUUCCAGUGGUUUACCUCGACGAUUGGUUUAAGUAGUUAAGAGGCGGUGAGCGUUGAAAUUUGAUAUGGACGCGUACCGCAACGACGACGCUAUUGUCGUUCCAGCUGUGAGAACCGAUGAAGAUGAGUGCACGAUUCGAUUAAGGGAGAAUCAGGAUUUUUUUAACGGAGACGUCGAAGCGAUUACCAGGAUGCACGUUGAGUUCGACGAUCUCUCGUACACCGUCUCGCCCACUAAAGCAAAGUCGAAAAGAGUAUUAGAGAACGUGACAGGAUGUUUUCGUCCUGAGAGAUUGACGGUGAUCGUCGGUCCUUCCGGUGCCGGAAAAACCACGCUGCUUCGAAUUGUAUCCACCUUGAAGACGAAUAACGUCAAAGGCACGAUCACUGUUAACGGGAAGGAAUGGAACCGCAAUGUAUUUCGGAAGAAAACUUGUUUCCUACCGCAAGAGUUCGAGCUCUCGCCUCUGCUCACUGUCCGUGAAACGCUGCACAUUGCGACGCGUUUAAAAGUUCAAGGCGCCCGUGAACCUCGCGCCUUCUCCUUCAUCGUAUCAGAGAUAGCGGAGAAUUUAAAUUUGACAAACUGCUUGGGUACUUUGGUAGAGAAUUUAAGCGGUGGAGAACGGAAAAGAUUGUCGAUCGGCAUUGAAAUAGUUACGAGACCGUCCGUUUUGUUGCUCGAUGAGCCGACCAGUGGCCUCGACAGUGCGUCGUCGAAUCAGGUAAUUGGAUUGCUGCAUAAAAUAGCGAGAGGCGGGUGCACUGUUGCUUGUGCAAUUCAUCAACCCAGCAGUCGCAUGAUAUCGCAAUUCGACGAUUUGUUAAUUAUACACAAGGGAACGUCGUAUUAUUGCGGGGCUUGGGACGACGUUUAUAAUACCUUCAAGGAUGCGGGCUACGUGUGCCCGCGAUUUUACAAUUUAUCCGAGUUUGUCUUGGAAGUGGUGACAGGAGAAAGGGGAGGAGACCUGAUAAAUUUGUACAAAAUUAGUCGUGCCAGAUAUUCGAAUUGGAAAACGCAGUUUCGGCAUUCUAACAUAGGAACAGAAGUUGUAUCAAAAUUGGAUAAUUUUAACACGAAGUCGAAGUCGUCGUCCAUCUGGGAAGAACAGAAGGUUUUGUUAAUGAGAGCAUUCAUUACUAUCAAACGGGACAAUACUUUGACAAAGCUGAGAUUUGCUGCACACGUGGUAGUAGCUUUUCUACUAGGUGUAGUGUUUUACGAUUCUGGAACGAAUGCUAAUCGAAUUAACAGCAACAUAGCUUGUAUAUUUUUCGUUCUACUGUUCUUGUAUUUUUCGAAUUCCAUGCCGGCUGUGCAAAUGUUUCCGACAGAAGCUGCCGUUUUCUUACGAGAAUACUUAAACAACUGGUACCGCUUGAGAUCCUACUUCUCUGUAAAAAUUAUAUCGGACUUGCCAUUGCAAAUUCUUGCACCCUCGGUAUUCAUCCUUAUCACGUAUUGCAUGACUGGUCAACCGAUGGAGUGCGACAGGUUUCUACGUACUUGGCUGAUUUGCGUUUUAACGACGAUCCUUGGACAAUCAUCGGGAAUGCUCGUCGGCGUGGCAUUCAAUACACACUUAGGAGUUUUCCUGAUUCCCGCGGUCAAUAUGCCGAUAAUACUGUUCGCCGGAUUCUUUCUGAAAUUCAGCGAAGUGACGCCAUUCCUUCGACCUCUGUGCUCCAUUAGUUUCUUUAGGUAUGCGUUCGAAGGUAUUCUGCAGGCAAUUUACGAUGGAGACAGGGAGAAAUUGCAAUGUCACGAAGACUACUGCCAUUUACGUUCACCUAAACAAAUCUUGGAAUCUAUGGACAUGCCCACGAUUCCUUAUUACACGACUGUGUUAGCUUUAUGUAUAUGGAUAACAUGUUUACAGAUUUCCACGUACCUGGUACUUAAAUGGAAAGCAUAUAUAGCCAAAAGAUAAAAUAUUUAUACAUUUUUACAAAUAUAACGCUUAUAUAAUAAUUAACCCUUUUGCUACGGCAGUCCGCACUGCGGAGUACCUCCCCAUAGAACUGAGACUGCUCUGUAAUUAUCAUUGCCUCAAAUAAAAUUUAUAGACAGAGAGAA